AUGGUGCCGAGACCAGGAAGCAACGGCACGAGAGCUGACGAGGAAGCAGCCGGCGAAGCUGACAGGAUCCUGCAGUACUCCAUUCACUCUGUCCCGCCCGAUCUACGCUCCCUGGUAGGGACCCUGCUGCCACAAUCCGGAGACGGAUGGGGGAAGACGGAGAUGAGGUGGGCAGCUGCACGUGUGGGCGAGGCAUGGAGCAUGAGUGUGGAGGAUGUGAUAGUAGAGGAUGUGGGGAUGGAAGGAGCGGAAAUCGAGAAGGUGAGGAUGGAAGAUGUGAGAACGGAGGAGGUGAGAGUAGAGUAUGGGGGGUUGGAAGGUGUGAAGAGGGGGGAGGUGAGAGUAGAGGAUGUGAAGAUAGUGGUGACAUUUCAGUGCAGCGAUGUGCCACUCUGGCCUAUCCACAACAAUUCAUCCUCCUCUGCUGCUGGUGCUUCUGCUGCUGCGGCUGCUGCUGUAUCAGAAGUUGCAAAUGCAGAUGGCGCCUCAGCACAUGCAGGCAUGAGUCCAGCAGACUCCGCCACAGCAACGCAGGCAGACGUCAGCAGGGCAAUGAACCGGCUGCUCUUCAACUUCCGCCUCUUCCAGCAGCAGCUCUGUGAGCACAUCUGGGCGGCCGGUCACUGGGCUGACGCUGUUGACCCCCUCACUGGCUACCUCAUGCACUCUGCUUCUGGCAGCAGUGGCAGCAGCGCUGGUCGUAGUGCCGGUGGUGGUGGCAGCAGUGUUAGUGCCGAAUUUGGUGCUGCUGGCAGCAGUGGUGGCGCUGAGUUUGUCAGUACUGGUAUCGGUGCUGGCUGCACGUGGCCGUUCCCCUCCCCCAUCAAGUACAACGAGGUGGACGUUGCCCAGAUCCUCCUCGGUUAUCCUGUUGCUCCCACUGCCACGGCCACCUCCCUCCUCACCACCGCCCCUCUCCCUCUCCUGCAAUCUGCCAUCCGCCACGUGGCAGGCUCUGGUUGGCGCCUGCCAGGCUGGCAGGAGGAGGAAGGGGUCGUGGUGGUGGGACAGGGGACGGGGGAUGGGAAGAUGGGAGGUGUGACAGCAGCGGGGAAGGGAGCGGAGGGAGGAAGCCCCUUCUUGCUCCCUCCCCCUGCCUUGCUGCUCAAGUCAUGUACCCUAUGGAACUUGGGGGUAUUCCCGAGGGUGUGUGUAGAGGCAGGAGGAGGGAUGGCGGCGUAA